AUGGCGACGGUCGGGGAGAACAACAACACCAACACCAACAACAAACUCGCGGAGAACAAUACCAUCGGAGGAAGAGAAGGACAAGGAAAAGUGAGAAAGAGAGAGUUUGGAGAGUGCGAGGAUUUGGAAAAUUAUUAUCGUCACGAAGAGAAAAAUAAUUGUCCAACGAAUGCGAACGAGAAUACUACGAAUACGAAUACGAACGAACAACAACAAAGAGGAACGAACAUGUCCACCUCCUCUUCCAUGCAAAGAGUCGGUGGAUUUAAACGGUUACGAACCGGGGACGCGUACGCUCGACGAUUGAUCGACGUCAGAGGGUUUGAAAUGUCCCACUCACAACUGGGAGACUUGGCGAGAUUUAUAGAUCUCUUACCCAGAAGUUUAGAACCAACCGUCGCGCGAAUAUUAGAGGAGUGUUUGUCCAUCGACGAUGCGAUCGUGGAACUUUCGAGCUUACAAACGACGACGAGUGGUGGUGGAAACACACCAACUGUCAGUCAGUACCAAUACGGCGGCGCGGCGUGCUCUACGCACGACACGAACGGGGGCGAGUCCGAGGUCGUCGCCGAGGCGAGGGAUUUGGCGUUGAAGACGUCGCAGGAGGAUUUGACAUCGCCGCAAAGAUUGUCGUACGAAACGGCUAGGAUUCCAGAUGGGGCAGACAGAACGACGCCAGCGACGUCUGGAAAUGGGGCGCAGCAUCAUCACCGUAGCGCGAAUAACACGAAUAACGCGAACGACGCGUUUAGAAGUAACAACAAGACGAGCUUAGACGCCGGCGAGUGGGUUUCCGCUUUAGUCCGAGAAAUGCAAAGCGCUUCGAGCGUGAACGACGCGGAGCAUCGGGCGACGAAUGUUUUGAGAGCGUUCGAGGAAUCCACGCUGGAACAAGCUGAGAUAGAAAUCAAAAGGAUCCGAAAACAGAACGAACUUCUCAAAAGGGCGGUGACUAUUCAAAACGCACGAUUGAAGCAAAGCGGCGACGCGCAGACGCUGAAAAGACAAGUUGCGGAGCUGCAAAGCAUGUGUCAAUCGUACGAAGAGCAAUUAGCGACGGCACAGAGGAAUAAUUAUUCGCUAGGCGUGCACUUGAGAGAGGCGAUGAUGAAUAACACCAACGGAAAUAACCGAAACGGCGGACCGGGAGGAGGCAGUCCUUUCGGCGAUCCCAACAGAGAUGUAUUUUAG